AUGUCGAAUCUAGCCCGCGGGGUCUCCGCUUUCCGGCUAAGCAAGGAUAAAGGAGUAGCGGAUCCCUUUGUCUGUCGCAUGAUACCGGGGAGGCUUCUUUUUAGCACCGGUAGCUAUGGAGUCAGUCGGGGUAGUCACUCCCAAGAGAAGGUAAAGAUGGGAUCGUUUGUAUGCGCCAUACCUAUAAGAGGGAGAGAAGGUCGAACGCUAAUUCCUGAUGAAGGGCGGAUGAAUGAACACAAGACUUUGAAGACCAGACCUCAGGAAAGCGGACGGGAACAACAACGACGUAGUGACGUUGGACUAAAUACGAGAUUUCGCUUAAGUACAUAA